CGUUUUGGCGCCGCGUGUGGCGUGGAGGCUGCAUCUGUCUCCUCUGAUUGUUGAGGUACUUAGAUCUGCAGGAUACCUGGGUGUUCAGGAGUUUCGUAACUCCAUCUUGGUGGUGCAGUACAGGUUAAGGGAGUCCAGGUGGAGUGGAGGGUACCAUUUUGUUGACUUGUAUGGCUGCUGUAAUAUGAAGGAUGACUGCUAGAACAGAAUGAUAAACUUUCAUUGAAGAAGGAAAUCCAAGGAUGUGGUAUUGGUGUUUGUGAAGAAGGCCAUCCUCAGUUUUCAAGAUGAAGGGAUUGACUGUUGAGCAGAUCAGUGCUGAUCGUGUCACUUUUUUGGCACAGCAGUACUGGUCACCAGAGACCAAGGAAAAGCACCUCCCAUAUGACCCUCAAGUCAUAAGUGAUAUAUAUGAAAGUGAAGUCAGAGCAACAGAUUUCAGCACUCGUCGCAUUGUGGUCCUCGAGCUAAGUCAGUACUUGGAGAACUAUGUGUGGCCAAAUUAUUCAGAAAAUGCUAGCCCUGUACAUCUCAUGUCUGUCAUCAUUUUGGUCAAUGAGAAGUUUCGUGAGCGCGUACCAGCUUGGGAGUCUUUUGUGAAGCACCCAGAACCUUUUGCAGGCUUUUUGAGGCACUUAAUGAAGGCAUGUUUAGAUAUAAGUAACAAGUUUUCACAAAAAGAACAGACUCAUAUGAUUGUAUUUCUCAACCAUUUGUACAACAGCAUUGAGACAGAUCUCAUACGUGAUGGCAUCAGCCACACUGUGUCCUACAACAUUCUUGAGUGUCUUUCUGAUGGCCAGCUUCAAAAUGUGUUGAAGGAGUUCCCUAAUUGGGCCAAAGCUUUGAAACGAACUGCACGUCACAGAAAAAAGUUGAGUGGUGUUGAAUUGGAAAACUUUAACUUUGAUACAAAGUUUCUGUACUCCAUGAUGCAACAGUUUUUGAAGAAGUUAUCAACCAUUUCUAUGGAAGACAAGGAACCAAAUCAAGAUGUUGUACAUUACUGUGAAAGAUUCCUUGAAUUGAUGAUUGACCUUGAAUCUCAGCUUCCUACAAGAAGAUUCCUCAAUACACUCUUGCAUUCAUGUAAUUUUCUGGUGAAGUGCCACUUAUCCCCACUAGCUACCAGAGAGGAAGGCAAGCUUUUUUCACAGCUACUGCAUAUACUAAAGGUUUUUGCCCAGUUCGAAAUAAAUGAUAACACAGGCCAGCCUCUCUCUGAUUUAGAUGUGAUGAAAAUUCAUUACAACCAAGUCAAGGAAAUGCAGAGCAUCACAUUUAAAAACUUCUCAGAAUUAACCCAAUUCAGUUUUUCAAGUAUAGCAGCAGUGGAUGACACUGAAACUUUGAGACAUUACAUUGAUCAGAUAGAAGACCCAGAUGUCCUUAAAUUGUGUCAGCUGCUUAAUGUUUUACCAAGAGAAGAUGAGAGUAUAACAGACAGGAAAUAUUUGACUGAAGUGAUUCUUUGGAAGUACCAGAGGCGUAUCUCUCAGCUUGAGGCAAUUAAUCGUAUGCCUCUCUACCCGACGGAGCAGAUCAUUUGGGAUGAUAAUAUUGUUCCUUCUGAGUACUUUUCUGGUGAUGCAUGCUUAGCUUUACCAAAAUUAAAUCUGCAGUUUCUAACACUGCAUGAUUAUUUAUUAAGAAAUUUUGACCUGUUUAGACUUGAGUCAACUUAUGAAAUCAGGCAGGAUAUAGAGGACAUUGUAAUGAGGCUAAAUCCAUGGUUGACUGAAAGUAACCAAGUAAUUUUCAGAGGAUGGGCUCGUAUGGCACAACCAAUUGUCAAUUUUGCUGUAUGUGAAGUAGCAAAGCCUAAUGUAGGUGAAGACAAACCAUCACGAGUGAGAGCUGAUAUUACUGUAAAUUUGAGCGUUAGAAGAGAGAUAAAAAAUGAAUGGGAAGCAUUAAGAAAGCAUGAUGUUUGCUUGCUUUUGUCAGUGAUUGCUCCCAAAGAAUUGCCUAAUCCCCAAGGACACUUUCCAGAUGAGUGGGGGAUCCAUUACAUCCGGGGAUGUGAAGUUGAGGGGAUGCUGGAUGAGAAUGGCCGUGUCAUAGAAGAGGGACCUGAACCCAAGCCUGAGCUCAAAGGUGAAACUAGAACAUUUAGAGUCUGGUUGGAUUGUAAUCAGUACAAAAUUGAUAUGGACAAUAUCAAGUCAAAUAAUGGAGGUGAAGAUGUUUAUGAAACUUUCAACAUUCUAAUGAGGCGUAAACCUAAAGAAAAUAACUUCAAGGCCGUGCUGGAAACGAUCCGAGACCUGAUGAACACCAAGUGUGUGGUACCUGACUGGCUUCUGGACAUUAUCCUUGGAUAUGGUGAUCCAGGAGCUGCCCAUUAUUCUCAGAGGGAGAAUGCUCUGGGGACCUUAGAUUUUAAUGAUACUUUUCUGAAUUUUGAGCAUUUGAAGAAGAGUUUCCCAAAUCAUUCUAUUGAUCAUAAUCUAAAAGUAACACUGCAGCCACCAUUUAAAUUAACAUUUGAGGACCAGAAGUCAACCAAACGACUAGCUGAGGAAGAGGAGAACAAAAUAACCAAGAGCAUAUUUGUCGAGCCCUAUGUUGUGCCGAGCCGAGGCCCAUACCCUUACACAGUGCCUCGCAAAAACAGAGUGCAGUUUACACCAACUCAGGUUGAAGCCAUUCGCUCAGGAAUGCAGCCAGGCCUUACCAUGGUUGUUGGGCCUCCAGGGACAGGCAAAACAGAUGUUGCUGUUCAGAUUAUAUCAAACAUAUACCACAAUAAUCCAGCUGAACGUACUCUUGUUGUCACACAUUCCAAUCAGGCUCUGAAUCAGCUCUUUGAAAAAGUUAUUGCUCUCGAUGUUGACGAGCGGCAUCUUCUGCGUCUUGGUCAUGGUGAAGAAGCAUUAGAGACUGAAAAGGACUUCAGCAGGUAUGGCCGUGUCAACUACGUCCUCAGCAAGAGACUUGAGCUCCUAGAGGAAGUAACCCGUCUCAAGGAGUCUCUUGGAGUGGCAGGGGAGAUGGGUGCCUCAUGUGAAACAGCUGGCUAUUUCUUCCUCCAGCAUGUAUUAGCACGCUGGGAGUGUUACAUGAGCCAAGUUACUGCCACUCCAGGCAAACCUGUCAAUGUUGAACAAAUAUCAGACUUGUUCCCAUUCCAUGUCUUCUUUAGUAAUGCUCCCCAACCUUUGUUUAAAGGAAAAAGCUAUGAGGAAGAUAUGGAAAUUGCAUCAGGCUGUUUUAGGUACUUGGAAAAUAUCUUCACACAGUUGAAGGAAUUUCGUGCAUUUGAGAUGCUGAGAAGUGGCCUUGAUCGUACUAGAUACCUGCUGGUUAAGGAAGCCAAAAUUAUUGCCAUGACUUGUACUCAUGCAGCUCUCAAGCGUCGAGAACUUGUGGAUUUGGGUUUUCAGUUUGAUAACAUCUUAAUGGAGGAAAGUGCUCAGAUAUUAGAAAUUGAAACAUUCAUUCCAUUGCUUCUGCAGAAUCCUGAAGAUGGACGAAACAGACUCAAGCGUUGGGUGAUGAUCGGAGAUCACCACCAGCUGCCUCCAGUCAUCAAGAAUAUGGCAUUCCAAAAGUACAGUAACUGUGAACAAAGUUUGUUUACCAGGUUUGUGAGGCUUGGUGUUCCCACAGUUGAAUUGGAUGCUCAAGGGCGAGCCCGUCCAUCUAUUUGUGCACUCUAUAAUUGGAGGUACAAUAAUCUGGGUGACCUUCCGCAUGUCAUAUCUUGGCCAGAGUUUAGAACUGCAAAUGCUGGGCUGUAUCAUGAAUAUCAGUUGAUCAAUGUUGAUGAUCUGGAAGGCCGUGGAGAAUCAGAACCACGCAAAUAUUUCUACCAAAAUCUGGCUGAAGCAGAGUAUGUUGUACAUUUGUAUAUGUACAUGCGUCUUCUUGGAUAUCCAUCGUCAAAAAUAUCUCUGUUGACUACAUACAAUGGUCAGAAAGAGUUGUUGCGUGAUGUAGUGGAGCAAAGGUGUGCCCGAAACCCCUUGUUUGGCCGUCCUCAUAAGAUAAGCACUGUUGACAAGUAUCAAGGGCAACAGAAUGACUACAUCUUGUUGUCACUAGUGCGAACUAAAGCUGUGGGACACUUGCGGGAUGUAAGGCGUCUUGUGGUGGCCAUGUCUAGAGCUCGGUUAGGUCUUUAUAUUUUUGCUCGUGUCUCACUGUUUAAGAAUUGCUAUGAAUUGCAACCAGCAUUCUCCAUCUUGACCAAGAGGCCACUACAACUACACUUGGCACCAUGGGAACACUGGCCAACACAGCGUCCACAUUCUCAGGUGCUACAAGAGAAACCUGUUGAAGUUGCAGAUGUGACUCACAUGAGCAGCUUAGUGCACCAGCUGUAUUCUGAGGUGUGUGCCAACAUCCAAGCUGUUGCAGGUCUUGGGGAGGCUCCAGGGACAAUGGCUCUUCGUGAGCUGCCACCAGAUACUGGUGCAAAGUAUGAUUCAGAUGAAGAAACUGCAGGCAAAGAAGAAGAAACUGCCAUGCUCAUAGUUAAUGAAGUUGAAACUAAGUAAGUUUGUAUUGGUGGUAAUUUUGAUAUAUUGUUGAUAAAACUUUAAAAAAAAUGUUGUGAAGUACAUACGCAGUUUGAAAGACAUUGCAAAAUUGAUUUUCAGUUUAUAAUUGUUAGUUUUUUUUAUAAAUCUAGUUUUUACAACUUAAAUGAAAGGAUCAGUAUUGAGUGAGCUUAAUAUUGAACAUGUACAUAUUUGAAAACUUACAACAUUUGAACUUGUCUAAGACUCGGGUGUUAUCUCGUGUGUGGAAUCAAUAAGCGUUGUAGGAUAAAAGUUUCAGUUUGGUAUUGUAGACAUGAAUUGUGAGUGCAUACAAUUAAGACAAAGUGAAGAGUUGUAUGUGUUACAAAAUGUUAAAUGUUUUUUUUUCUCUCUCUUUUAUAAUAGCACAGUACUUAUAAUUAUGUUUGUAUAUUCAUUAAGGUGACAGUUUGAUCUUAAGGUCGAAACAUUUUGUAAAUUAUUUUAUAUAAUGAAAAUUUAAAAAAUCACAAUUUUUUUGUAUGCACAGGUUUGCUGAGGAUGUGCUAGCCUUGUGUUACCUACAUGUAUGUGCUGUGAGAUUGCAUUUAUUAUCAUCAUCAUCAUCAUCAUCAUUAUCUUUUUCUAAGUUGGGAUUAGUCAGUCAAUCAAUCAUAAGCCUAUAAUGAAGAAUUGAAUGAAGUGCCAUCACUUUAGUGGUGUUAUGAUUGCAGUGUGGUCCAGUAUUAAGUCAUCCCCAUCUAGAGUGGUAUGAGUUGCUAAACUCAAAAUUAUAUGUUCUUAUCCCACAAUCAUGUAAAGGUUUGAAUGAAGCCCACAAUUAUGCCACCACCAACAGCCAACACUCACUGACAUUCAGCCAAGUGUUUUUUUUUUUUUUUUUUUUCUUGCUGUCAAUUCACAGUGCCUCCUAGUGUGAAAUCUCAGUAAUAGUAAAGUAACUUAGCUGGCCAGUCAGACUUCUAUGUAAAUUAUGCAAAUUUCAGUGAUUAUCAUUCUUUAAUCCCAAAAUUAGCUAAUUUUACUUUUAUGCAAGUCUUAAAAAAAAAUGUAUUAAAUUAUGAACUUUGGAGUUCAUGAUUAAUGUAAUUAUUCUCAAUUCUUUCACCUGUGCUGGUGUGGGGACACAUGCCCCCGAAUAAGCUGGUUUGAGUCACCAUUCUCUUCAGGAGCGUCACCCCACACCAGCACGUUGGACACAUGAUGCCCAGCACAUACCUUCCCUAUAAGUGAUGCAUUAAUGAGACCUCUAACCUUUUUAGAUAAGGUCAAGACUCCUGUCUUCUAAAUUUACUUUCAAACUAAAAGUUGUGCUCCAAGUCAGACCUUCAGGUAAGCAAAAUAAAAUUUGAUAUUUUCAUGACAGACUCCCAUCAGUACUGAUCAUGAGUGAGUUAUUGGAAUGUGCAGAUCAAUGGCUUCAUAGAAAACAGCUUCUCUGUAAAGUGAUAAUUUAAUUUGAUUUCAAGGGUAUAUAGGAAAACAAAAAAAUAUAGAUUCAGUUAAUUUAAUUUGAUUUCAGGGGUAUAUAAGAAAACAAAAAAUAUAGAUCUGUUUUUUCUUGUACAUAAAUAUAUACCAUGCUUUGAGCUGACAUCAGGAACAUUAAUAUUUACAAUAAUUCAUUAGAAACAGUAACAUCACACAAGUAGCACCAAUCUUACACUAUGAACAUGUCAACUACAUCAAUCCUUGGUUAGAAUUUAAAGAUACAUGUACAGAAGUAGUAGUAGUAGUAAAAAUAAAAAUAAUAAUAAUAAUAAUGGAAGUGGAGAUGAAAAGAGAAAAACGGGUGUUAUGGGGUGAGUUUAUUCCUGACUAAUUUCACUGGUGCUUCUUUAGGGGAAAUAAGUAAGCUCUAGUGUUGGUGUCGUUGAUAUGAGGCCAGAGCGUUUGUGGCAUCAACCUGAUUGGCCAGUUCACAUGCUGGGUCACCCACCUCUCAGUCUGGGUCAACUGUGAGGGGUAUGCCACAUGUUGCUGCUUGCUGUUGUCUCCCACAUGAUGUCCCCAGUCCUCUUGUUAAUGUUAUUAUUAUUCAUGAUGAAUAGGAGAACUGGGGACAUUGUGUGGGCAGUGACAGCAGCAGCAACAUGCGGUGCACCCUUCACACGUGACUCAGGCUGAGGUGGGUGACCCACUGUAUGAACCAGCCCAAUCAGCGAGCAGGUUGACACCAUGAACACUCCAGCCUCAUAUCAAUGGGGCCAAUGCUGGAGCUUAUUCAGUUCCUCUGAAGAAGCACCAGCGAAACUAGUCAGGAAUUAACUCGGCCCAUAACAUAACACGUGUGUCCCUUUUCACCUCCAAUUCCAAAUUGUCAAAAUGUCUCAAUAAUAAUAUUAAUAAUAAUAAAAAGUAAAAUUCACAAUUUCUAAAUUGUCUGAAACAAGUAUAUUUUAGUGAAUGAUUUGAUCUCUUCCUCUACAUUCUAUUUUAAGACAUUUUAUGUAUUAAUGAGUAAACACUGCAAAAUUAAGGAGCCAUAUCACUGAUUGCACUGCAUAACAUUCACUACUUCAUAGCCAGAACUUCUGACAUAUGAAUGAGUAGCCUAAAAUGUGUCAUCACUUGGACUUUUGUAUAGUGCUUCUCUAGUGCCUGUUUAGUGUAAAAUCAGUCUACCUACUUAUAAAUGGCAUUGAGUAUUUCUUUGAUACUUAGGAAUGUUUGUAUAAAAAUAUAUAUAAAUAAUAGUGGUCCAACAUUCUCAUUCACAAUAGGAUACUUAUUAAUUCUUAUUCUAUUGGAGUUAAUACACACAAGCAACCCUAUCAGCAGACACUGCUGUGGUCAGUCUUUUAGUCCAGUACUCAUAAACUGUGUGGUAUACUAAUGCUGAACAAUCCUUGAUCACAUAGAAUUAUGAUUACAUUGGCACUGAUAUGUACACACAGUAACAGGUUAAAAGUUUAGCUCUACACAACAAAAAGGAGCUUGCAAAAUCACCAUUUUAUGAAACAAAAAUAGCUACAUUUUAUACAAAAAUAGAUUCAAGAAAUUUAAGUGUUAGUACUUUUAGGUAAGUUUAUGUUAGUGUGGUAUAUAGUUGUGACAUUCUAGUACAUGAUUACUAUAUGAAGAGGUAAAACAACCUAUUCAAAUAGUUAAUCUCCCUGUUUUCCCCAAGGCUGGACCUUAAUGUCCUGUUCAGUAAUGAGGUUAUGUUGAUUUAUGGUGAGAUUUGGGCCCCUCAGGUUUAUUACCAUCAGUGCAGAAAAAAAUGCUUGAUAUGGUUACUUGUUUUGGCUUGUAAGUUCUGGAGUAUUUUGUCUCAGAGAGACAUUAGCAGGUAGUGGGUGAAGGAAUGGAGGUGUGAUGCCUAAAGUUUACUUAGUUAUGUCUGAAGUACAAAAGAGGCCUAUGGAUGAAGAUGGAAUUAAUUUGAUUCUAAGGAAUGUAUAUGGCGUGUUGUGGUGCCUUAUCUUGGCAAGACCCCAUUCUUGGGAAUGGAAUAUAAUUGUUAUUGGUGUUAUGCUUCACAAUGGACCCUUGAACAUUGUUGUUUAGUGAAAACUGUACCUCUCUUUCCUAGAGACCUAUAGGCUAUGUGAUUCUUAUAUAUAAAAAAUAGCAAGGCAGGUAGGAACAAAAAAAAAAAUAA